AUGGAGACCAGCAACAGGACAACAGUCUCUGAGUUCAUCUUGAAGGGGUUUUCUGGCUACCCCGCCCUGGAGCACCUACUCUUUCCUCUGUGCUCAGCCAUGUACCUGGUGACCCUGCUGGGGAACACUGCCAUUGUGGCCGUGAGCAUCUUGGAUGCCCGCCUACACACGCCCAUGUACUUUUUUCUGGGCAACCUUUCCAUUUUGGACAUCUGCUACACAUCUACUUUUGUGCCCCUGAUGCUGGUCCACCUCCUAUCAUCCCGGAAGACCAUCUCCUUUACUGGCUGUGCCAUCCAGAUGUGUUUGAGCCUUUCCACGGGCUCCACAGAGUGCCUGCUGCUUGCCAUCAUGGCCUAUGACCGCUACCUGGCCAUUUGCCAACCACUCAGGUACCCUGUGCUCAUGAGCCACAAGCUCUGCUUGGUGCUGGCAGGGGCCUCCUGGGUACUCUGCCUCUUUAAGUCGGUGACGGAAACGGUCAUUGCCAUGAGGCUGCCUUUCUGUGGCCACCAUGUGAUCAGACACUUCACCUGCGAGAUCCUGGCCGUGCUGAAGCUGGCCUGUGGGGACACCGCUGUCAGCGAUGCCUUCCUGCUGGUGGGUGCCAUCCUCCUCCUGCCUGUACCCCUGACCCUCAUCUGCCUGUCCUACAUGCUAAUCCUGGCCACCAUCCUGAGGGUGCCCUCAGCCACCGGACGCCGCAAAGCCUUCUCCACCUGCUCCGCACACCUGGCCGUGGUCCUGCUCUUCUAUAGCACCAUCAUCUUCAUGUACAUGAAACCCAAGAGCAAGGAGGCCCGGAUCUCUGACCAGGUCUUCACAGUCCUCUACGCUGUGGUCACACCCAUGUUGAACCCCGUCAUCUACAGCCUGAGGAACAAGGAGGUGAAGGAGGCUGCCAGGAAAGUGUGGGGCAGUAGAUGGGCCUGUAGGUGAGGGAGGGCAGGGCUUGUCACCGGUAGGGGCUUGGCUUGUGUGGGUCCUCAUAUGCCAAUACCAAGAGCGUAGAACUAUGAGGCCCUCCACUCCAAAGACAGCACCAAGUCCCACUAAUCCUGACACAGAACUAC